UGCUCCGGACAGAGGAGCCUGAGAACAGUUUUUUCGUCAGCUGGUUGCUGCGACUCGUAGCUACGUCAACUGUCUAUGAAGACAACAACAAGUUAACUCGGGCCACUAGUGAACCAGCAGCGAGCCCUAACAUGAGAGGGGGGAAGGCCCCGUCUCCGCGGUGCGAAGUUGGCAAACUUUAACAGCCAGACUCGGUCGCGUUUUCCAGCGCCGCUGGCAGCAAGCCCCAUGACUGGGAGACUUUUAUUGUCCUAGCUUGCUGGCUAACGUUAGCUAUUUGUCUGGUGAGGUAUGGCUACCAGAGAGGUGUCUUUUCGGCAGAAGUACCGUCACCCACCGGUGACUGUGAAGCAGGAGCAGGAUGACGACUCGGACGCGGAGGAGCCUCACCUGGGGCUGCGGAGGGCGGACGGGCUGGAGUGUCAGAUCAUCCACAGCGGACAUUUCAUGGUGUCGUCGCCCCACAGCGAGCACCCCCCGAAGAAGGGCUACGAUUUCGACACUGUCAACAAACAGACCUGUCAGACGUACCAUUUCGGCAAGGCGAGCAUGUCGCACCUCUCCAUAGACGCGUCCCUCACCAAGCUCUUUGAGUGCAUGACUCUCGCGUACAGUGGCAAGUUGGUGUCUCCCAAAUGGAAGAACUUCAAAGGGCUAAAACUGCUUUGGAGAGACAAGAUCCGCCUCAACAACGCCAUAUGGAGAGCCUGGUAUAUGCAGUAUGUGGAGAAAAGGGAGAAUCCUGUUUGUCAUUUUGUGACACCCCUGGAUGGAACUAUGGAUUUGGAUGUCCAUCGUCCUGCAGAGGCCCUCGCCACAGAGGGGAAAUGCUGGAAAAGAAGAAUUGAAAUUGUUAUAAGAGAAUACCACAAGUGGAGAACAUACUUUAAGAAAAGGCUACAGAAGCACAAGGAUGACGACCUAUCGAGCUUGCUUAAGGGGCCAGAGGAGCAGUUAUCGCUGUUUGGGGAAGUGUCUCCAGACAUGCUCCGUGUCUCCUUUUAUCAGGAUGAAGAGACUGCUGCACGCCGUGUGACUCGUAAACAUAAUGAACCGCCUGCCCCAAUGGAGAUGGACCCCCUCUUUGACAUGGAUGUUCUGAUGUCUGAGUUUUCAGACACAUUGUUCUCUACAUUGGCCUCGCAUCAGCCAAUAGCCUGGCCCAACCCAAGGGAGAUUGCUCAUGCUGGGAACGCAGACAUGAUCCAACCAGGACUCAUCCCCUUACAGCCCAACCUAGACUUCAUGGACUCGUUUGAUCCACUGCAAGACUUAUUUCACAGCCUCCGUCAGCCCGUCUUCCCCCCUGUUUCCCCCACUGCAUCAUCUGUCACCCCUCUACCCAGCAGCAGCUCUCAGUCACAGGUCCAGUUAAUGUCUUCUAUGCAGCUCAGCGGCAACCACAUCACUCCCUCUUGUCCCCUGCCCAUCCCCUCUCCCAUGGCUGGUCAAACCAGUCGGUCAGGUGGCAGCGGAGGCACUGACUUUGUACAAAACUACUUGUCCCUUUUUCCUGGGCAGGUGACGGCCAGUGAUCAAGCAGGCGUUUCCCAUGAUCCUCUGGCACAGUGCCUUCCAGGUCAGGACAUGGGCUCAGCAGCACCCAUGGUUCCCUCACCCUUGAACAACACCUCAGCACUGGAUGAGACUGUAGCGCACUCUGUGAUCACACACACAGCCUCCUCCACGGUCACGCCCAGCAACACAGCUACCACCUUCAGCCACAGCUCAGACUACAGCUCCAUGUCCACACAACCUCCACCUCCUUCAUCUCAACUCCAACCCUUGGCCGCGUUACCCAGCACUCCCGUCCACCCUCAGACGUUUGCUCUGCCUCGCCCCUUUCAGCCAUGCAGUGCCAACAAAAGCCGGCCCAUGCAAAGGAUUGCUCCUGCUAACCCCCUCCCUCAGUCCCACCUCAUCCUCACAGCCCCAUUUCCAGGUCAUGCCAAUGCUGUAAUUGUUACACCCACACCCCUGAAAGCAGAUGUGGUCUCUAACGCUGGUGUUGUUAUCACUCCUUCUCAUCUUGGAGCGACUCCUGGAUUUCACGUCGUCCAGAAGUCUCCCCAGCCGAUUGUCCCCAAAGAAAAGUCAUAUUCUUCCAGUCGCAAAAAUCAGAAAGCUUCCUCUACUGUUGUUCACAGUCAGCCAGGAUCCGGUCAAGGAUCGCCAUGUGGGUUAGAUCAGGUUCCAAGUCCUCAGUCACUAAUCAGCAGCAGUACAGCUCUUGUAAAGAAUGAGCAAAAUCAGGGCCGAAGGACAACGCACAUAUCUGCUGAGCAAAAGAGACGAUCAAACAUAAAUAUUGGCUUUAAGACACUCUGCGGCCUGGUUCCUACUCUAAAGUCACAGUCAAAUAUCAGUAAUGCAGUCACGUUGCAGAAGACAGUGGAGUAUAUCGGGAAGCUCCAGCAGGAGAGGCAGGCGAUGCAAGAAGAGGUCAAGAGACUACGAGAGGAGAUAGAGGAGCUCAACACUUCCAUUAACGUGUGUCAGGAGCAGCUGCCUGCGACGGGGGUACCAGUGAGGCGGCAUCGCUUCGACCACAUGCAGGAAAAGUUUAAUGAAUAUGUCAAGAGCCGCACUCUACAGAACUGGAACUUCUGGAUUUUCAGCAUCAUUAUCAAGCCACUCUUUGAGUCUUUCAAUGGGAUGGUGUCAACUACAAGCAGAGCAGAGCUGUGUCAGACUACGCUGCAGUGGCUCGAUCGUCACUGCUCGCUUCCGGUGCUCAGACCCAUGGUGCUGAGUACUCUUCGCCAGCUGAGCACAACUACGUCCAUCCUCACCGAUCCAUCGCUGCUUCCUGAAGAAGCUGUCCAGGCUGCCACACGCACAGAUGCUUCGUCUUUCUCUCAGAGGAAUUGAGGUGACCCCUAAAGCCACCUGCCCCUCUUUAGCAUAAACCAUCAACAAAGGCAUAUCACUAGUUGUUCUUAUAGCUGUUGAGCAAGGUCACAACGAUAAAUCCAAACUAUGUCAGGCUUGUGUUCCCUCUGAAUGUAAGGCAGGGAGAGAUUUUGCUCUGUUGUACAUUGAAAGUUGGGAAUGAUGCAUGAAAGGACCUCAACAAUUUUGCAAAAAAAAAAAAGGCUUUUAUUACAUUGUGUUUAAAAUAACUACUACUUUCACCUGCUUGAGGUGACAAUCUUCUUCGUACUUUAUUGGAUGCUGGUACUUGUGGUUUAUUUCGUGAACAACAAUUUAUAUUUAAAGUAAAUGACAUUUUUAUUGCAAAAGCAACAAUGUGUUCAAAAGGGAAAUAAUAAAUGAAUGUUAAUUUUGUGCUCUUGCUCAGAUGUAUAAAUGUCUGGAUAUGACGCUUUUGUUUUUUCCAUCAAGAGAUGAGAUUAAUGUGGAUUUUGUAGGACUUGCUCUUAGCGUAGUUUAUGGUUUUAGGAGGCUUGAAAACCUUCCAGAAAGACUUCACAGCAGAUUGUAGAGCAUCGACUGAAACAUGGCGAAGCUGAUGGCUCGUGGGCCGGUCAGCGCCUAAUCAGUACCAGGAGGAUGCGAGUUUGGUUGUAUUUUCCAUCCCUAAAUUACUCAGGUGAAAGUUAUUUUGCCAGUUAACGGGCAUGGUUUUCUGGUGGUUUUCCGUCCAUGCCGAACUUCUGCCUUCAUACUUUUGCUCACUGUGUCCAUUUGUAGUGAUUUCAACUGCAAUUUACACACAGCAGCAGCAGCAGCAGCAGCAGUAGUAGUCAUCUUUAACAUGUUACACACAUGGAUACUACUGCGCAGGUCACAGCACAGUGGAGCAAUACUACUUACAGCCCUCAUAGGGAGCAUAGUGAAAUAGCAGUACACAAUAUAUUUAUAUUCACAUGUACAGUGUUAAAAGAUUUUUGCGCAGUAGGGGUCUUUUCUGGUCUUCGUCAGUGACUCAGGGCUACGCUUGUGUGCGUAAUGUUUUUUUUUUCCAUUCAUCUGAACAAAUCAAGUCAGGAUCCUUCUCUGCAGGAAUGCUUGUUGACUACAAGGGUACAGGUUAUGUCACGUGGUUUAAUUUUUUUUUUCUUCUUCUCAUGGUUACACUAAUUUAUAACGUGUUAACGACAGAAGAAAACAAUCAGUCUGUCACAUGAAGACAGCACACAGAAACUCAUAAGAAGCCAUAUCAAAGAGCAGUUUACCCAUCCGCACAGGUCAUUUGUUGUGUUACUGACAUUAUGGUUAACGGAGAACUGUGCUCUGUUGACGGCGUGAGAAUUAGACACGAUGCAGAUGUAGUUAGCAUGUCAGCUGUAAGGUCAAAGUGUCCUUAACUGUGCUGAUUUGUCUUUUCUUUGUUUUGUUUUUUUUGUGGUUCAGCACUCCUCAGGCAGACAUGGAUUUUUUUUUUUAUAUGUAUUUUUGCUUUCUUUUUGUGCAGAACAACUGAGUUUACGGUAGCACAAUGCACCACUUUGAUGGACGUGCAGCUUUUUGCGUGCAGUCUUUUCUUGUGAAUGUGGAUGAGUGUCUUUUAAAUGAGAGAUUUUUCUUGCUUUCAGGCUAAUUUGCCUGUCGGUGUAUAGAUGGUGGUAGCAGUGAUCAAAAUUCAACACUUUUUCAAUGCACAACUAUUUAGUGUUGCAAAACACACAUGAAGAGCUCACGUGUACCCCAAAAUAAUUUAUACAAAAAGUUCAAAUGCACCAAUGAAUGCAGCUAUGGUUGUCAUGAUUGCAAGUGAUAAAAUUUCCCUUUUUGACUUUUUGUUUUUUAAAGAAUUUUCUCUACUUCAAAGAAUGACAGCACAAAAAGGCCCCUAUGUUCACCUUAAGCUUAGCGUUUGUGUGAUGAUUUCAUUUGGUUUUCUUCCUCUUUCAUUCAGUGCUUUUAAAUGUUUGUCAUACCAGGUUGGAUUUCCAGCUGUUAUUUGCUGUUUUUAUGAGGGGAUUUUAUACCGGAUGAUGUACAGUGUAUCAUUGCAGAUUGGAUCUGCCCAUGUUAGUUCUUCCCACAUUUAGUAUUUUAUUUGUUUUAAGAAAAGAUAUUUUCUUAUGCUGCAUUUUAGUGUUUUUUUGUUUUCUUUGUAAAAUGUCUACAUGCAACAUGUAUAUUUUAAAAUGCCUUAAAUGAUUC